CGGCCUCGGUCUGCGGCACUCGAGCGGGAGGAGCGGCCCCGGUGCCUCCGGUAACGGCGCGGGAGGCCGCGGCUGCGCUGGACCUCCUGUGGGAACCGGCUUCCCCUCAGCUGCGGGCUCGGCCUUCCCGCCUGCAGUAAGGCCCGUCUUCCCCGGGCCCUGCCUUUCUCGCUCCUUUCCUUACCGGCUUUCCUCCGCCACUAUGUCGGUCAAUCCCAUGGCCUACGAAGCGCAGUUCUUUGGCUUCACCCCCCAGACAUGCAUGUUGCGCAUCUACAUCGCGUUCCAGGACUACCUCUUUGAAAUGAUGCUGGUGGUUGAGAGCGUAAUCCUGAAGAAGCUGGACGGGUUUCCCGGCUGUAAAAUCGGCCCCUUCCAAAUCCGGAAAAGCACGGAGAAAUUUCUUCUCUUCAUGAAGGAGCACUUCGAUAAACUCUUCAGUAAAAUGGAAGAAGUGCUUCUGCAGCUGGUGUUAAACAUCCCUAAGAACGUGCUUCUUCCCGAGGAUAAGGUCCACGAGCAGUACCCCUACAGCAAAGCACAGUUCCAGGCGCUUCAGGAUGAGAUCCAUCAGCUGCAGCAGCAGUACAGGGCUGAGGCGUCUGCUGGGCAGGCACUGCGUGCAGAACUGGAAGAACAGAAGGCUGUUCAGGCUGAGCUUGAGAAGAUUUUGCAAUGGUUUGACGGGCUUGAGAAUAUCUGUAGGGAGCACGGGACCGGCAACUUGGAAGAAAGCUUUGCUUUCUUGACACAGAACUCUAAGAAACUGCAAGAUGUGCUGAAAGAUGUUGAAGAGAAAAGCAAAAAAAUAAAGCAACAUGAUCAGUUAUUGUAAUGGAAAUUCUGAAAAGGCAACAAAAAUCAUUUAGACAGCUUGCUUAAAAUGAUAGGGGCUUAUCUUUCCAGAAGCAUUUCCCCUAAUCCCUUACUCCUCUGGUCCUGCCAGGAUCUAGACUAAAAGCUGUUGAACUGUGUCAGUUUGCACCUAUUUAGCACCUCCCUAGGGAAGUAGGGGGAGAAAAAAGUCUGUAAAAUGUAACUCUUAUUGGGAAGAAAUUUUGGGUUGGAUACCUGGCUGCAAAGGUGCCUUCCUGACUUUAUGAAUGCUGACUUCGAACACAACAUAGCGCUUGUUUAUUUUAAGGAUUAUUUAAAAAAAAAAAAAAAAAAGUCCAAGUAAGACCUGUAAGGAUAUGUAAGUGCGUUUCCAGCCUGAUACCAGUUCAGAUAACAGAGUCGAUGUUUCUGUCUUUGAAGACCUUGGGAUUUGUACCAGUUUCCCGCAGGAGCCAUAUUGCACAAGCAGUGAGUGUCUGGUUAAGGCUGAGAUGCUGUUCACGGUGUUUUAAAAGCCAACAGCUAGGAAGUGAACAGAGAAGACUGAGACAGUGACACUGUUGUCAAGGUUCUGAUGAGAAAUAGAUCUAUUUGCAUCAAUACUGAGUUUCAACCCAAUUUCUGAAGUUUCAGGGUUACUUACCACUCCACAUAAGUUUGCAAAGAGGUAGCUUGUGUUUUCUUUAAGCAAGGACAGCGUGCUGCUCCACAGACCAAAGAUACAGAAGCCACUGGAGGAAAUGAGCAACUUGAUCACCUUGUCCUACUUUAGCUUAUGUUGCUUUAUACAUAUAUUUUGUUUAUUUGGUUGUUUUUAUUUUUGUUGUCCAGUGUCCUUUUUCUACUAAAUAGCAAAGGUCAUUUUAUUCAUGUUUAAUCAGAUUUUCCUGUAAAAAUGUUGUGAAGACUGACUGCUAUGCUUGAGUUCCUUGAAGUGACUUAAUUAAGCUUAUUCUAUCUGUACUUGAUUCAUAAUACAUUACAGUCUCUGUGCAUCUUUCUGUUGGCCUCAGCAGGUUUUGAAUCUCCUGUACAGACGUAUCAUGAAAUAUCAAUACUAAUUUCUACUUUACUAGCAUAGCUGUUUGAAAGACAUUAAACUUGUGAAUAAUUUAGAAGUUACUGCAAUAAAAAAAUGUAUUAAAAGCAUAAAAUACCCUUUGCAAUUCUUUCUUCCCCGACUUCUGAAGACUUCAUACAGAAUCAGCUUGGUAGAACCAGUGUCUUUAAACAUACAUUGCCUUGAUAUGUGGCUGGAGACCUGUGGGACUCAGUGGCCACUCUUGAAAUUCUCACAAAGGAAGUAAAUUUCUGAUGUCGAGCUCAGGACUUCUGUAGUGAAUGUUAGCCUAUGUGGAGGCUAGAGUUCAGAGGAGGAAAAACUAGGGCAUCAGGUAAAAAUUAAGUUGCUUGUUUAGGAAACAACUUAGGGACUUAAAAGUUAUCUAAUAUUCUCAAAGUUUGAAGAGUAGAAAAAUGUCAUGAUUCAUACAAGGUCCACUGUAGAAAAUCUUGCUGAAAAAGUCUGUCUUCAUUUUAUACCAUUACUGUCAGUUUUGUUGCAGAAAUCAAGCAGCCACUAGUCUGUAAAUUGAAUGCAAAUAUGUACAUACUGUUUCAUUUAAUGCUAAACUGUAAAGAAGAACAUUUGAAAAAUCUACUACGAAACAAAGGUGAUAACUUGAACCCAAAGAGCCUAUGAACAUUUCCACAAGAGAAGAACUACAAGCAAGAAUUUGACAAAGGGGGAUAAAACAAUCCGUUGCUGCCUGUUCUUCAGGGCACAGUUGAGCACAAUUGCUGUCCAAAUCCCGUAAUGUCAUGAUACAUUCAUUAACACCCUCAAAAUUAUUGCCAUCUUGUAUUAGAAAUAGAGAGGAGGGAAGAGUGGUGUGCAAGAUAGUACUGAUGUAUCCGAAACCUUUUAACUUCUGUCUGCAAUCUGAAGAAAGGCAUUGCUGCACACGGAGGGGGAAUGUCCCGACGGUGAAGGGCGUCAUGUAUUCAUGCAACGUUUCAGCACCUGCACAGUUCGGGCCUGCAUCACUGUGAAAUGCUUUGGUAUGUAGGCACUGGUGGACUAAAGGGUGACCUGACUUCUCUUGUUGAAUUAGAUCUUUUAAGGUACUUAUUUCUGAAAAAGGGGCGGGGUUUUUUUUGCUGUAUGAAUAAAUCAUUAAUAUGAACACAUAAGACAGCCAUUUACAGCUAAUAGAGGUUCUCAACAGGAGAUUUAUUACACUGACCUCUUUGUUUAGGCUUCUCUUCAGACGCGAUUAAAUGUUGGUGGUCUGAUGACAAAACCAUUUAGUUGAAAUAUGGAGAAGAGCAGAUCUGUGAAGAAAAAAAUGAACUUUGCCAUGACCCCUCCGGAGAUACCGGCUUCUGAAAUUCAACUGCUAUUAAAAUCCUGUAACCUAA